GUGAAAGCAGAUGUGACAGAGGGAUCAGCUAAACUUGCUGAUGCUAUUGGUGGUGAUUCAGAUGCUGUAAUAUGUGCUACAGGCUUCCAGCCUUCAUUGAACUUGUUGACACCUUGGAAGGUUGAUAAUUUUGGCACAGUGAACCUUGUGGAUGCAUGUCAAAAACUUGGUAUUGAUAGGUUCAUCCUUAUAAGUUCAAUUCUCGUCAACGGGGCUGCAAUGGGUCAGUUGUUCAAUCCAGUUUAUAUAAUCCUUAAUGUUAUGGGACUCGUAUUGGUAGCAAAGCUUCAAGCUGAGAGAUACAUACGUAAAUCUGGCAUCAACUACACAAUUAUUAGGCCUGGUGGGCUAAAAAACGAUCCACCACAAGGGAAUAUAGUCAUGCAACCAGAGGACACCCUUUUUCGAGGCUCAAUAUCCAGAGAUCAGGUAGCUGAAGUUGCAGUCGAGGCAUUACUCCAUCCAGAAUCUCAUUACAAAGUCGUGGAGAUAGUGGCAGGUACUGACAUCCCUAAACGUCCAUUCGAGGAGCUCUUUGGUUCAAUAAAACAGCAGUGACUUGUAAACAUGCAAUUUUUAUUCUCUGUCCACUAAAAUACUUACUUUGAUAUGUACAAUAUGCAACAUUUCUCUUGUGUAUAUCAGUAAAUGAUGAUGCUUUUGUGAUAUGAACUGGGUAAAAGGUCUGCAAAUGAUCCCCCAUAUAUUUCUCA